AAUACACAACACAUUGAACGCUUUAUAUCCCAUCUCCUCCUAGCCUUUUGAUUUCUGAUAACAGAAAAUGGCAGUCACUGAAACAAACACAAAGAGCUCUCUCCACACUCGAUGCAACAGUUUGCCCUCCGCACCUCACCCUCUCAUAUCACAGCAUGAGGAGCAUCUGCAAAGAUUGAAGGACUCUCAAGCCACUUCUUCAAUAUCAUCAUCUUCACUAUGCCACAAACUUAAUGGUUUGCUGGAUUUGCAUGAUUGCACUGAUAAGUUGCUCCAAUUUCCAAUCAAACAACAAGCCUUAGCAAGAGAGUGCAGUGACAAAUGCAUUGAUGACAUUCUAGAAGGGUCUUUACGGCUCUUGGAUAUCUGUGGUACAACUAAAGAAUGCUUACUGAGAACAAAGGAAAGCAUGCAUGAACUUCACUCAGUUAUCAGAAGAAGAAAAGGUGAUCAAACUGUGUUCACAAUUGAGGGUGAAAUAUACUUGGCUUCAAGGAACAAGUUAAAGAAGGCAAUUAGAAAGGCCUUGAGAAAUUUGAAAGCAACAAAAAGUGAACGUGCAGUUUAUCCAUCAAACAAAGAUGAUGACAAUUUGUCCAUGCUUAGUGUCUUAGCAGAAGCAGAAGAAGUCACGGUGAGGUCCCUCUGA